UCCCAAUCAUGUGAUUCAGGUGUUCCAAUCCCCUCCAUAUCAUGUGAUUCAGGUGUUCCAAUCCCCUCCAUAUCAUGUGAUUCAGGUGUUCCAAUCCCCUCCAUAUCAUGUGAUUCAGGUGUUCCAAUCCCCUCCAUAUCAUGUGAUUCAGGUGUUCCAAUCCCUCCAUAUCAUGUGAUUCAGGUGUUCCAAUCCCCUCCCAAUCAUGUGAUUCAGGUGUUCCAAUCCCCUCCAUAUCAUGUGAUUCAGGUGUUCCAAUCCCCUCCCAAUCAUGUGAUUCAGGUGUUCCAAUCCCCUCCCAAUCAUGUGAUUCAGGUGUUCCAAUCCCCUCCAUAUCAUGUGAUUCAGGUGUUCCAAUCCCCUCCCAAUCAUGUGAUUCAGGUGUUCCAAUCCCCUCCCUAUCAUGUGAUUCAGGUGCUCCAAUCC